AAAGAUGGCGGAGGGUGUGCAUUUGUGUUUUAUUUUUACUUUACUGUGUUCAAAUGUGAUAUUAUUGUGUAAUUCCCAAGUUUUGACCCCUCCAACGUUCAAUUUAGCAAAAGGCCGGCACAUAUCAGCGUCUGCAACUUGUGGAUAUGGUGUUGCAACAAAGGAACUUUAUUGCCGACUGACCGGAUCAUCGGGAGAUGACGAUGCCGACACGGAAAUUAUGAUUCAGGGUCAGCUUUGUGAUUACUGCGACCCCACUGACCCAAGCAAGAAUCAUUCUGCCGAUAAUGCCAUUGAUGGAACGAACAAAUUCUGGCAGUCGCCGCCAUUGUCUCGUGGGGAGGAAUUCAAUGAAGUUGACCUUGAUAUAGAGCUGGAACAGGACUUCCACAUUGCUUAUAUAUUCAUAAAAAUGGCAAACUCACCACGUCCAGGUGUCUGGGCUCUAGAAAAAUCAACUGACUUUGGCGAGACCUGGGAACCAUGGCAGUACUUUGCAGACAAUGAAUACGAUUGUGAGAGGUUCUUCAACACGAAGGCUGGAAAUAUAGCUACACGAGACAACCAGGUGCUCUGUGUGACAGACUUCUCAAGAAUUGUGCCAUUAAACGAUGGUGAAAUUUUGGUGUCAUUGACCAAUAACAGACCGAACUUCCACAAUUUUUCUCAUGCUGAUGACCUUCAAGAGUUCAUGAGAGCAACCAAUGUUCGACUUCGUCUGAUACGUACAAACACGUUGAAGGGUCAGCUGAUGGCUAAAGUUAAUCAAGAUCAGACAGUAACAAGAAGAUACUUCUACAGCAUUAAGGAUAUUUCAAUUGGUGGCCGUUGUCUGUGUCAUGGUCAUGCUGAUACGUGCAACUACCUGGAUCUUAACCGACCCAACAGACUUGUGUGCGACUGUCAGCAUAACACUGUUGGUGAUCAGUGCGAGUUGUGUGAUGCUGCUAAUGGAUUUGUACAGAAAAAGUGGCAGCCAAGGAGAGUCAACAGUGCCUUCGAAUGUGAACCAUGCCAGUGUUACGGUAGGGCCACAGAAUGUGUGUAUGAUCCAGACAUUGAUGCACAGGGCCUCAGUAUUGACAUUCAUGGUUUCUACAAUGGAGGUGGCGUCUGCCAGAACUGCGGUUUCAACUCCACUGGCAUCAAUUGUGAAAAGUGUUUGCCAGGAUACUACAGGCCAUUUGGUAUGCCACCAACAGAGUUAUUCAUGUGUGAACGGUGUCAGUGUGACUUGCGUUACCAUCUUGAUGAGUGUGAAGAGGAAACAGGACGUUGCCUUUGUAGGGAAGAAUAUACUGGCUAUAAUUGUGAUGCAUGUGCUGUUGGUUACUAUGGUUACCCAGACUGUAUACCAUGUGACUGCGAUGUGAAUGGCACAGUUGGUGAUGUGUGUCAUGUUGGUGGUGGUCAGUGUCCUUGCAAGGAGAACUUUGUUGGCAAGAAAUGUGACAUGUGCCAGAUUGGCUUCUAUGACUUCCCAACAUGUGGACCAUGUGAAUGCGAUAUGAUUGGUUCCGUUGAUGACUUCUGUAAUGUGGACUCUGGUCAGUGUAACUGUGCCAUGAACUACGGCAGCAGGAACUGUAGUCAGUGUGCCAAUGGAUACUUUAACUUCCCAGACUGUACAUUGUGCUCCUGUGACCCAGUAGGAACUAUUGUUGAGGUCUGUGACAAGACAAAUGGUAUGUGUCUGUGUAUGGAAAAGUUUGAUGGUGAACGUUGCGACCGAUGUGCUCGGGGUUUCUAUGCCUACCCAGAUUGCAUGUCAUGCCAGUGCCAGGAACCAGGCUCCACCAGUAAUAUUUGUGAGGAUCGUACAGGACAGUGCACAUGUAGAGGAAACUAUGCUGGACAAAAUUGUGAACGAUGUGCUCCAGGGUUCUAUAAAUACCCAGAAUGCAUUGCAUGUGAUUGUGAUAUUUACGGAUCAUACGGCCAGUCAUGUGACCAGGAAACAGGACAGUGUGAUUGUCGUUACAACUUCCAGGGUCUUCAGUGUGAGAAAUGUAAGGAGGGAUUAUACAACUAUCCUAAUUGUGAAGAAUGUAACUGUAACCCUGCCGGGGCCAAAGAAGUGCCAGGUUACCCAUUGGGUGGCUGUGGCGAGGUCAUCACUGGACGUCUGUGUGAAUGUAAGGAAAGAGUCAUCGGCAGGAUCUGUGACACAUGUAAACCUAGUUACUGGAACCUGAACAGGAAUAAUCUAUUAGGAUGCGAAGAAUGUGGUUGUUCUGAUGCCGGGAGUAUUGCUGGGCUUAACAUGUGUAACAUGAUCACUGGGCAGUGUAUGUGUAAGGUCUAUGUCAGUGGGAGGUCAUGUGACAGGUGCAGAGAUGGUUACUAUGGUCUGCAUAAACAGAAUCUGUAUGGUUGCGAUGAAUGUAAUUGUGAUAUUGGAGGGUCAGUGACCCCGUAUUGUGAUAAAGAGACAGGACAGUGUCCAUGUAAACCCAGAGUUCAAGGAAGGCGUUGUGAUAUGCCAAUUCGUCAGCAUUUUAUCCCAACCUUGGAUCAGAUGAAGUAUGAAUUGGAAGAUGGUUACACUCCGGAAGGUACACAGGUCAGAUAUGGGUAUGAUGAGAGGAUAUUUCCCAACUUCUCAUGGAGAGGUUAUGCUAUUCUUAUGAAUGUCCAGCCUGAAGUACGCAUGGAUGUUAAUAUCAACAAACCCAGUCUUUACCGACUUGUGUAUCGCUAUGUCAACAGGAACGAGGAGUCAGUUAAGGGUGAAGUGACUUUGGAUCCUGAAUCAAUCUAUGAGAUCUCCCAGACAUCUGAAGUGAACUUUGCUCCGAGUAUGGAUCCCACCUUUGCAGAUGUUGGAAACUCUGGUGGACUGUCUAGUUUCGUAUUGAAUCCUGGGAAAUGGAGUGUCGGCAUUAAGACAGAUGAAAGUGUUUUCUUGGAUUAUAUGAUACUGAUACCACAGGCUUACUACGAGGCAACAGUUUUACAAAAUACAGUCUACCGACCAUGUCUUACACCAGAUGAUGCAGGACCAUGUAUUCACUAUCGGUACCCCAAUGUCCUUGACCUACCACGUGUGUUAGGGGAGACAGGAUACAUUAUUGACAAUGGUCAGAAGGUGUCUGUACAAUUGUUUGUUAAUCAAGAUAUUCUUGAUGAGCUUGACGUCAACUCCAUGGCAGUUCUUGAUCCAAGCCAGAACAAGUUCAAUUUAGAUCUAAAUAUACCUAAAGAGGAUAAGUAUGUUCUAGUGUUGAACUACUACUCCAAUGCUAAUGGUACCCAGACUUUGUUAUUCAACAUUGGAGAUAAAGAGUUAGCAACAGCCGUCCUUUAUAACUGUGAAUAUAGCUCCCUAUGUCGACAAGUAUUACUUGGUCUGGAUGAGAUGGAAGGAGUGUUUCAUCUGGAGGAAGGGAAUAUUAACAUUACAGUGACUGGAGAUGAUGAAGUUAAUGCAGCCAUUGAGUCAGUAAUUGCCAUUCCUUAUUCGACAUGGUCCAUUGGUUACAUCAGACCCAGUAUAGUCUGUAUCAGAGUAAAUGGAGUAUGUGUUGGAUCUCAUCAUGCCACCCCUGUUGGAUCAGUGAGAAUAGAUUUUGAGACAUUACCCAAUGACCAUCUGCUAGCAGAGGUGUACCCACCAGGAAUAGAUGACAGUGAGGUUGGACUGGUCAGGCUUAAUGAUACUAUGAGCCUAAUAGUAUUACUGGGAACUGCAAGAAGUCCAGGUCAACACAAGUUUGUCGUGCACUACUACCUCCCAUACGAUAUUGGACAAGAUAUACCAAUAAAGCUUUUGGCUAAUGGACAGGAAUAUAGAGGUACUUUCAAGCCGCGCUACUGCCCAGGUAUACAUGGAUGUCGGGAUUUGAUCUACUUUGACGAGACAGGUGUGACUGGUAACAUGAAUCUUGUAGACACAGAGGUACAGGUUGUCUUCAACAAUACCAGUGGCCAACAGAUCUGGCUGGAUUACCUACUGUUGAUACCAAGCAGUCAGUACAGCCCCCAGGAUGUGAUGAUCUUACCUGUUGAUAACUCAAGAAACUUUAUUGAUAGUUGUCUUGAUGAAGGAUUCAUGGUUAAGGUCCCAGUAUCAGAUUUCUGUGAGAAGAGUUUGUUUACUCUGACCACCGAGUUCAACAACGGUGCUCUCGAGUGUGAGUGUGACAUCGAUGGAUCGAUGAGUUUCCACUGUGACCCAUAUGGUGGUCAGUGUCAGUGCCGACCCAAUGUGAUUGGUAGAACUUGCUCAGCAUGUAAAGUUGGCUAUUUUGGAUUCCCAAGAUGUCAGCCCUGUAACUGUCCAUUUGGAUUGUGUCAUCAGUUGACUGGUCAGUGUAUCUGUCCACCACGUGUCACAGGUGACCGGUGUGAUGUUUGUAAACCAGGCACUUACGGAUAUGAUGCUCUUAUUGGUUGCCAGGAGUGUCAGUGUAAUCCACAGGGUGUAGUUGAUGGAGAUAUGAACUGCCAUGAAGACACUGGACAUUGCAGCUGUUUACCAGGUAUUGGUGGCAGGAAAUGUGACUACUGUCUCGCUGGCUUCUAUGCCUUCCCAGCAUGCCGAGAGUGUGAUUGUGACAGAUAUGGUACCACUGAAGAAAUCUGUAAUCCUGACACAGCCUAUUGUUUAUGUAAGGAGAACGUUGUUGGCUCAAGAUGUGACCAGUGCGAGGCUUUCACUUACCACCUGGAACCCACCAAUCCUCUAGGCUGUACCAACUGUUUUUGCUUCGGUAACACUGCCAACUGCAGGGAGUCCACUCUAAGAUGGGACUUAUUGGUUGAUAUGAAUGGAUGGGGAGUGACAAACACUGUGGAUGGUGAAGUGAGAGAUGCCGGGGAAAUCAUAGCCAUACUUGACGCUGAAGACAAAAUCGACAACACAAAUGUAUCUAUGUACUGGACUGCUCCAGACUCAUAUCUUGGCAAUAAGGUCAGAAGUUAUGGAGGUUUCUUGCACUACCAAGUAUUGUUUGUGUUGCCAAGGAACGACUCCAUAGUUACUGAAGCUUUGAUAGAGCCUGAUCUUAUCCUUGUUGGCAACAACAAUGUCAGUAUUGUACACCAUUCUGUGAAACAACCGUACGAUAGCUCUAUGACUACAAUGGAGAUACAACUUUAUGAGUACAAUUUUGAGCACCCUGGGACAGGCCUCAAGGUUGAUAGAGACACAUUCAUGAUGAUAUUAGUGAAUCUUGAAGCAAUGCACAUCAGGGCCUCUUACUACUCUGUUGUCAAUGAAAUCAGAUUGACUGCAGUGGAAUUGGACAUUGCCGCUGAGACUGGUUUUGGUGAGUACGCAGCCUCUGUAGAAGAAUGUGCCUGUCCUCGAGGCUACACAGGAACCUCGUGCGAAUCUUGCGUUAAAGGUUACUACCGAGCACGUCAUUAUCCAUUCCUUGGAGUGUGUGUACCAUGUGACUGUAACGGACAUACUGACACCUGUGAUGUUAACACUGGAGAAUGUUUGGGCUGUGGUAACAACACUGUGGGUGCUCAUUGUGAAAGUUGUCGCCUAGGUUACUAUGGCGAACCAACUAGAGGUGGAGCUUGCUAUAUCUGUGGAUGCCCAUUAAAUGUGGAGUCUAACAAUUUUGCAGACCAGUGCUCUGUUACAAGUACAGGAAUUGUGGCCAGAUGUGAUUGUUAUGAAGGCUAUACAGGUGACAGAUGUGAAAGAUGUGCCCCAGGAUAUUUUGGAGAUCCUCGUGUGGAAGGAGAUACUUGUGAGAUGUGCCAGUGUAGCGGUAAUAUAGACAUGCGUGACCCUGGAUCAUGUGACUACCAGACUGGUGACUGUUUACAGUGCAUCAACAACUCGACUGGUCCUAGGUGUGAGAGGUGUUUAGACUGGUGGUAUGGGGAUGCUGUAGACGCCAAGGACUGCUUCCCAUGUUCAUGUGACAGAUGUGGUUCAUUGUCAUGUAGUUCCCAUGGAGAGUGUGUUUGUAAACCAAAUGUGAUUGGCUUUAACUGUAGUACAUGUGCUCCGGAUACAUAUGGCUUUGACCAGUGUGAUGGUUGUAUACCCUGUGAAUGUGCCGAGGCUUCAGCAUCCACUCAGUGUGACUUUAAUGAUGGUUCCUGUCUGUGUCAGCCUGGUGUCACAGGUCACAAAUGUCAGUCCUGUAUCUCGGGAUACUGGAAUUAUGGAGAAAAUGGGUGUCAGCGGUGUGAUUGUGAGUUUGAUGGAGCAGUUACUUGUGAUCCUAUAGACGGGCGCUGUCAGUGUUUACCUGGUGUGACUGGUACAAUGUGUGAACAGUGUCUUGACAGAUGGGUUCUCAUACCACAAGAAGGAUGCAGGGAAUGUGAUACAUGUACCCACAAUCUGCUGGACGACAUGGAAGUUCUCGAUGCUGAUAUCACAGAUGUACAAAGUGGUCUACAGACUGUGUCUAUUGGUGUGGAAGCUAUGAGAAGACUUGAUGUAGUAAACCAGACCAUUGAGGCUCUAGGGCCCCAGGUGAUCUCAGUCCUGUAUGAGUCAGAGAAUAUCACACUUGAUCCAGUAGAAAACGAGCUGAAACAAGUUGAAGUUAUUGUCAACAAUGUACAUACCAGAUCCCGAGGUUCACUCACAGACGCUGAUGAUCUGAUGGAAGAAGGGAAAAUGCUGGUAGACAACAGUGUAGAGGCAGAGAAACUAGGAGAAAUUAGCCAAGAUGAUGCUAGAGAUGCUAUAUUAAACAUGAAUGAAGUGCUCAACCAGAUCAAUGAAGGUAUCAAGGUGACGAACAUAGAGACUUAUAUUUCCAUGUCUGAACAAUUUAUUGAAGAGAUUCGUGCAAGAAAUUUCACCGGACAGAAUGAUUCUGUAGAGCAAGAAAUGGAUGAUGCAGAAGCAUUAUUGGCUUUAAUCAAAGAGAAACAGAUGGAGCCAAAGGAACAAAUGAUGUUUAAAGACAAAGUUGCUGACAGCAUCAAGGAUGUGAAUAACAGACUAGCAGAUCUACUGGACAACAGUCAGAAUUCUGAAAGUGUAUCAACACGAGCACAGAACUUGAUCGAUAAAUUGAGAGAUGAUACAAUCUCAUCAAUAGUUAUGCACAUUGAAGAUAUAGAGUUUGCUGAACAGAUGACGCUGGACACAAUCAUGAUGUCAAAUGAUCAGCUUAAUGCGUCUGAAGUUAAUGUAGAUACAGCUGCUGAAGAAUUCAGGGCUGUGGACAAGGUAUCCUCUCAGUUGUUGCAAGCUAAAGCAGCUGUAGAACAAUUCAACCUGGAGUAUGAAAAUCUUGACCUGGCAGAGGCGUCUGUCAACGACAGCUUCGAGCAUGCUGACUCACUGCUAGAACAAGCAAUGCUGUUGGAAAACGUUUACACAGAUACUCGUGAAGUGGCAGCAAAUGCAGUUACAGCAGGAACAGCCUAUGAGAACAUUGUAAAAGCCAUCAGCAAUGCCAAGCUGGCAGCAGAUAUGGCAAUGCAGGCUGCGGAUGAGGCUGCUUUGAAUUCUCAAGGAGUUGGUGAUGAGUCACAGAAUCUUACAUCAUCAAGUGGAACUCUUUUACUAGGUGCAAGAAUUCGAUACAACGAUACACAAAUUGAUUUGUUAGAGAGACUAGACAUAGCAAAGGCAGGAACUAACAAUAUUGAAGACAUGAACAAAGAUGUCAGAAAUGAGGUAGAUCAGAUCAAUACCAGAAUUGGAAGAACGCCAGUUGGUGAAGCUGGUGAUAAAGCAAAUGAAGUUGUUGUAAAAGGUGGAGAAGCGGAAGUAAAAGCUGCAGACUCAAAGGAUAGUGUUAAAGACAUAUUGGGUGACCUUCCUAAACAGUUAGAGAAAACUGUUCCACUUACAAAUGAUGCUCUCAACACUAAUAGAGACAUCAAGGAGGCUAAUGUACAAGUGAAGAAUGUAGAGAAGUUUAUCCCAGAGAUCAAGACACUGCUGAAGGACCUGACAGCACAGUCGGAGAAGGUGAUGAACAUGAAGAGUGAUGUAACAACAAAUAUCGCUGCCCUCAGAAAGAAGAUAGAUAUUGCAAGGGAUCAGGCUAAUCUGAUCAGAGUAGGCCUGAACUUCCUUGGAAAUACAUCUGUGACUUUGCGUAACCCUCCCAAUGUGGCACAGGCUGGCUCUUACAGCCAGGUGGACCUUUUCUUCAAGACAAACUCUGAGAAUGGACUUCUGCUGUAUGCUGGCAGUAAGCGUUCAGCAACUAAUAAAGGAAAUCAGGGAGACUACAUGUCUUUGGAAAUUGAGAAUGGCAAUGUAGUGUUCAAGUAUGACCUUGGAUCAGGAGAGGCCAAGAUCAACCAUCCACACUAUGUGGCUGAUGGACAGUGGUAUAAGGUCAUUGCCAAAAGAAUUGGCAAGGGUGGCAUCCUGACAUUGGAGAGAGAUCCAGACAAGGAGCCGCUGGGUUCUGUCCAGGGCCGGUCAGAAGGACUGGCCACAGUACUCGAGAUGAACCCACUAACCACAAGGUUUUAUGCUGGAGGAUUGCCAGAUGGAGCCACUAUCUCAGACAAGGUAACAAGAGAGAACUAUGUUGGUGCUAUGGAGAGUAUUCAGUUUGACGAUAGACCAAUGGGACUGUGGAACUUUGAAGAAGCAGCAAACAACGUUGUUGGUGCCAGAGAAAGGAGCAUCCUGACAUCUAUUGUGUCAAAUGGUUUCCGGUUCGAUGGUAAGGGCUAUGUUGUUUUAAGUACGUCAAAGACAGGCUGGACACCAGCAGUUAGUUCUCAGGUGGCGAUGAAAUUCAAGACAUAUAGUGAGAAUGGGCUGCUCUUCUUUGCGGGAGAUGGAAAGCGCGACUUCCUGUCAGUGGAACUGAACAACGGGGAAGUGCUGUAUCAGUUCGACCUUGGUGGUGGUCGGAUUGAAAUUCAGUAUCCAAAGAAGGUCAAUGAUGGAGAGUGGCAUGAGGUGCAAGUUAACCGGCUGAACAAGACAGGAGUUGUGUUUGUUGAUGGAAUGUCUUUUGGACCUAUGGAUUCACCAGGUGCACAGAGCCAGCUGUCAAUCACUGAUGAUAUCUCUAUAGGAGGAUACCAGGAUAUCAUCCUACCAGUCAAUGGUAUAACUAAGCAAGGGUUUGAAGGAUGUAUAGAAGAUGUAUCUUUACAACUUGGUAUGUGGGACCUCAAUGAAAACAAACAGGCGAAAGGUGUUAUACCAGGCUGUCCUGACCAGAUUGCCCGUGUGGCGAGCUUCAGUGCAGACAGAUUGUCCUACAUUGCUCAGCCUAUAGACAGUGUUGGUACAACAUUCGAAAUCACCUUCAAGAUGAAGACCAAACAAGAAAAGGCUCUUUUAUUAUAUGUAGGAAAUACAGAACAGGCUGCAGGUUUCUCAGUGUCUGUGUUUGAAGGGAAGAUAUCGGUGAUCAGUGACCCUGGUGGUGAGAAACUAGAGAUGAUAAGCCAUGUAAAUACGUACAAUGAUGGACGCUGGCACUACAUAUCCAUCAUGAAAAUUGGCAAAAACAUGCAGAUGAAUAUUGACGAUUAUGAAACAAUCCAGACAACUGGAACAGGAACAAAAAAAUCCCUGGUGACAAACACGCCACUUUACUUUGGUACUACAGAGGUGGCGCCACCAGAAGGUUUGGCGUUAACUACAGUACCACUUGACGGCUGUAUUGGGGAUGUAACUAUUAAUGGAGAAUUUUUGAACUUCGCAGCAGUACAGCCAGCUAAGAGACCAGGAACAUCCCUUGCUGGUUGCCCAAUACCAGAGCCUGAGGGACCCUACACUAGGGCGGAGAUCACAACAGCUAAAUGGAUAGAGUUCCCUGCAGAAACAACAACAACUAUGGCUCCACCUCCACCAGGUAGAUGUGCUCUAGAUGUGGUGGAACCAGUGGAUGUCACCAUGGAUGAUCAACGAGGGUACUACUUUGGAGCAUAUCCCAACAGUAGACUGGAAUAUGACAGCCUACCAGCAUCACUUAGAAUAAGGUCUACAUUGAGUAUGGAGUUUAGGACAACACAGCCUGAUGGAGUGAUGUUUUACUUUUCUGAUGUUAAACACAAAGAUCACAUUGGUGUGACAAUGAAGGGUGGAAUGAUUCGCUUUACCUUUGAUAGUGGUACCGGUACAGGUGAACUCAUGACAACAAAAACAUAUAACGAUGGGCAAUGGCAUAAGUUGAUGAUUGGCCGUAACAUGAGAGAGGGUACCAUGAUGGUUGAUGAUGAUGAACUUACACCAGUUGAGUCACCAGGACGUGCUCGAUCUAUCAAUGGUAGACCACCAUACAGUUUUGGAGGUUUAAGGGCAAGUCCAGUUGCAGGUGCUGUGAAAAACCUCAAUGUAAGUUUAACUUAAAGUAAAUCCAUCUUU